CAGGCUGGGUUGUCUUGAUGAUUAGAAUUCCGGCUCCAAGGAGAAGCCCCAAAGCCAAGGGUAUUGACUAUAACAGAAAGUGGGAACCCUACCUGACAUCUAGAGAAUGUGGACUGGAUAUAAGAUCUUAAUCUUUUCCUAUCUUACCACAGAAAUUUGGAUGGAGAAACAGUAUUUAUCUCAAAGAGAAGUGAUCCCAGGACCUGCUUUCACUAGGAAUCACACGAUUUGGGAGGGUUCUCGAUUCAAGAGAGCCAUUUUCAAAGGACAAUACUGUAGAAGUUUUGGUUGUUGUGAAGACAGAGAUGAUGGCUGUGCCACUCAGUUCUAUGAGGCAAAUGCAGUAUGUUACUGCGAUAAAUUCUGUGAAAGGGAAAAUUCUGAUUGCUGUCCUGAUUACAAGUCAUUUUGCCUUGAGAAAGAAUGGCCUCCUUACACAAAGCCUUGGGAUCCAGAAGGUUGCCUCAGAAAUGGCCAACUUUAUGAAGAAGGAUCAGUAGUUAAAGAAAACUGCAACUCCUGCACAUGCUCAGGACAGCAAUGGAAAUGUUCCCAGUUUGUCUGCCUUGUUCAACCAGAACUGAUUGAACGUGUCAAUAAUGGAGACUAUGGAUGGACAGCCCAGAACUAUAGCCAGUUCUGGGGAAUGACUCUGGAAGAAGGUUUCAAGUACCGUCUUGGGACCCUGCCACCUAGCCCCAUGCUUCUCAGUAUGAAUGAAAUGACAGCUUCUUUACCUGCAACAACUGAUCUUCCAGAGUUUUUUAUUGCUUCUUAUAAAUGGCCUGGAUGGACUCAUGGCCCAUUGGAUCAAAAAAAUUGUGCUGCAUCAUGGGCAUUUUCUACUGCAAGUGUGGCAGCUGACCGAAUAGCAAUUCAGUCCAAAGGUCGCUACACAGCCAAUCUAUCUCCUCAGAAUCUGAUCUCCUGCUGUGCCAAGAACCGACAUGGAUGCAAUAGUGGAAGCAUUGAUAGGGCUUGGUGGUUCCUGAGAAAACGUGGAUUGGUGUCCCAUGCAUGCUAUCCACUUUUCAAGGACCAAAAUGCUACCAAUGAUGGCUGUGCCAUGGCAAGUAGGUCUGAUGGGCGCGGAAAACGGCAUGCCACAAAGCCAUGUCCCAACAACAUCGAGAAAUCAAACAGAAUCUACCAAUGUUCUCCUCCAUACAGAGUGUCCUCCAAUGAAACUGAGAUAAUGAAAGAAAUCUUGCAAAAUGGACCAGUUCAAGCCAUAAUGCAAGUCCAUGAGGAUUUCUUCCAUUAUAAGACAGGGAUAUAUAGACAUGUUACCAGAACAAAUGAAGAAGCAAGCAAAUAUCGAAAGCUCCAGACGCAUGCAGUCAAACUUACUGGAUGGGGCACACUAAAAGGAGCACAAGGACAGAAAGAAAAAUUCUGGAUUGCUGCCAAUUCCUGGGGAAAGUCAUGGGGAGAGAAUGGCUAUUUCAGGAUUCUUCGAGGAGUAAAUGAAUCUGACAUUGAAAAGUUGAUUAUCGCAGCUUGGGGCCAUCUGACAAGUUCAGAUGAACCAUAACAUAUCAUUAAAUUUCCAUAAGGCCAUGCAUUUAAGUAACCCCUUAAAUGAAAUUAAGCAAUGUGAGGUUCUCUGUGACAGUGGAAUCUUUGCCUCUUCACCUUGUUAUUAUAAUGUGACUGUUUUCUUGUUUCACCCCAGGCUCCAUGCUUCUGCUUCCUUUAUAUCACUGAGCAUAUAAAAACACUAAAAGAGGACAGCAGAACAGCUAAAUGCCUUUAAAGUUCUCUGGUUGUCUUUCUUUUUCUUUCAUAAUAAUGUCCUUUUUGACUUUGAUAGUUCACAAAAAGUGUGACAGCACUUGUCUUAAAAGUUCAUGACAUUCUUUUGUAGAAAUGAGGCAGUUUCUGUCUUUAACCAAUGAGUAUUUCAGACAAAAAACAGAAACAAAAACAACAAGCAAAUAACAGAACAAUGGCAACCCCAAUUUACCAUCUUCAUGAUUUUUUUCAAAGAAUGUUGUCUUAAUUCAUGUCUUGCUUUUGAUUUGCCAAAAACAAUGGAAAUAGAUUAUUAAUUUUUCUCUCAAUGAGCUAA